GAAGGACUGCUUCGCUAGCUUGACUGAGACCUAUACUACCAUAUAGUGGGACUGCUUGGAAAGAGACUCUUAGAUGUUUCACAUCCUUCCUUGUAAUUCCACCCUAAUCUUUUAUUCUUCUCAUCAUUCUGUUUUAGAGACAAAGAUCAAAUAGAUGGGAAAUUGUCAAGCAAUAGAUGCAGCUGCACUAGUAAUACAACACCCAAGUGGAAAAAUAGAGAGGACGGAUUGGCCAGUGAGUGCUAAUGAGGUGAUGAAAAUGAAUCCUGGUCAUUAUGUUACUCUCGUUAUUCCACUCCCUAACUCUGCCUCUGGUCAGGAUAAAACUGUACCUUUUACCAGAGUUAAACUUCUUCGGCCAACUGAUACUUUAGUUCUUGGUAGAGUAUAUCGACUUGUUACAACUCAAGAGGUGAUGAAGGUACUAAGAGCUAAGAAACAUGGAAAGAUGAGGAAGAAGCAGCAAGAAUUGAAGGAAAAUUCAGAGAAUCAGAGGUCAAGUUGUGAGCUUGAAGCUGGAAAUUCUGAACCAGACAAGGAUAGUGAGGCUUUAGAACAUGAAAGACAGAAGCAAAGGCCUGGGAUGUGACACUCUGCUGCUGCAAGGUCCAAAUCAUGGCGUCCUUCUUUGCAGAGUAUUUCAAAUCCAGCAGCUGACUAUACUUGUGACUGAAAUAUCGGCAGUGGAACUCUUUAUAAUCGUAGAAUGUAGACUCAAGGAACCAACAGAAGGCCAAUCACUUCUUUAGUACAUGGGUACCGUGGACACCGGCGGAUUCAGAAUUUAGAUGUUAUGGGUUCACAAACGUAUAUUUAGCUCUAUCUAAACUUGAUUUUAACACAUACAUACAGACAGUGGCGGAGGCAGGAUCUUUACGAAGGGGGUUCAAAAAAAAAAAAUAUAUUUAGUGGGAAUUGAACUCAUGAUCUUAUGUAGAUUUUGAACCCCCUUGACCACUAAACUACACUUUUGGAUUGUGUUAAGGGGGUUCAAAACUUAAUAUAUAGAGGUAAAAAACAGAUUUUGCCUUAUAUAUACAGCGUAUUCUUUCGUCGAAGGGGGUUCGGGUGAACCCCCUUGCGCCCUCCUAAAUCCGCCCCUGCAUACAGAGUUCGAUUGCGAAGUACUGGGUUAAUGAACCCAUAAAUCGAUUGUUGGAUCCGCCGUUGGUUGUUGAAUGAUAAUACCUCUGUGUAAAUUACAAUGGACCUGCGAUCAUCCCUUCUGGGCAAAAUAUUCCAUAAUGAAAAUACAUG